AUGGCUGUCCGUCCUGCGCCGGCCCACGGCAGCGGCGGCAGCGGCAGCAGCAGCAGCAGCAGUAGUGGGCGGGGCAAUGGCUCCGGCGCGCUGGCACGCUUUGCCAUUGCGACGCUCCUCACCUCGGACGCCUACCUGCCCGGCGCCCUGGCGCUCGCUGCCUCGCUGCGCCACUCGCUCGCAGACGCUCCGUCGCGCGCAGAGAUCCACACUCUCGUCCUCGCCACGCCAGUCACGCUCAGCCCGCGCUCGCUGCGUUCCCUCGCCGCUGCGUACGAUCGGGUGGUCGGCGUCGAGCCGCUCAGCAUCGCCAGCGCCGUCGUCGACGAGGCAGACCGCAGGGUCAAGGAUGCCGGCGUUGCUGCGCCGGAUCCCAACGACGAGGCAGAGCAGGCAAAGGUGGGCAGACAGAUUCGGCGCGAGGCGGCCAAGAACUUGGCCCUGCUUGGCCGACCCGAUCUUGGCGAGGGCAGCGGUGCAGCACUCACGAAGCUGCACGCCUGGCGGCUGACGGGCUACGAGCGUGUACUCUUCCUUGAUGCCGACACCAUCGCGCUUCGCUCGUUGCACCACCUCUUCGCCCAGCCGCAAUCGCCACUCUACGCCGCACCAGACGUCGGCUGGCCAGACUGCUUCAACUCCGGCGUUCUGCUCCUCACCCCAAGCGAGGCGACGUUUGGCGCCCUGCAGGUCCUGGCCGCGACGCGCGGCACGUGGGACGGCGCGGACCAGGGCCUGCUGAACGAGUACUUUGGUGGCGAGCGCGGGCGCGGCGAUGAGGGCGAGGGCGGAGGCUGGGACCGGCUGAGCUUUGGCUACAAUGCGACGCCUAAUGGCGGGUACACCUACGCGCCUGCGUAUGCGCGGUACGGACGCUCCAUUCACGUUGCGCACUUCAUCGGCGCGCACAAGCCCUGGUCUCAGCCGCGGCCAUCGACGCCCGUGCCGGACGCCGCCGCGCCAAACGACUACACGGCGCUCCUGCACGCAUGGCAUAGCUUCUACGAGACGGCGGUGCCCUCUGCUGCUCGCAGCUCCGGGCCGUCCGUCCGCGUCAUCCACACGUCGCGCGGCGUCGAGGUCGUUGAAGAGCCCUUCCGCGUGCCGACCUACCAGGCGGCAUGGGACGCCGGUGCGGAGGCCCACGACGUGCCGACUGGGCCAGGCAGCGUCGACGAUCUCAAGGGCAUGUUCCAAGGCGCCGGUCAGGCCGAAGCGAGCACGAUCGCUGCGCCUGGCCGUCCGGGCCAGUACUUCAGUCUGCCGCUGAUGGGCCGUGCCAGCCUGCUCGCGCCGAAUCCGGGCGCCUGGGAGGUGCCCGGCGACAGCGACGACGACGCCACGCCUCGCUCCAGCCCGCCGCCGUCUGCCUCGCCGCGGCACGCCUCGCCACAAGGCUCCGGCCCGUCUUCGCCGCGCGAGCAACAACAACAGCAAGACCCAUCUGGCUCGCCUACGGAGCCGUGGGAGGCGCCGUACCUCUCGUGGAACCCGGCCGUCGAGCCUCCGCCGCAAAACGUCGGCGCUUCGUCGUACCAGAUGCGGGCGCCGCCGGACGCCUACUACGAGAACGCGUGGGACCGGCCAGCGGCGGACGGACCGCAGGGCAAGGCGGCCUUCUUCCAGCCGGAGACGGGCAACGCUGCGGCGGAGAAGAGCCGGCGCCGGGCGAUGGAGAAGCUGCAGCGCGAGCACUGGUUCGACAACCUCGCCUCGACGCGCCCGGAUCCGAGCGCAGUCAAGCCCGUGUUCCCGUGGGAGCAGCGAGGCGCCGGCCGCCCUGGCUCGCGCAUCUGGCCGGACGAGGAGCCGCCAAGCGUCUCGCCCGGCACAGGCGCACACGAGCAGAGCCUGCAGGCUGCGUCGACGACGAGCCCGACGUUCGCCCAACGCUCGUUUUCCGUGCCGGCCGAGGCGCCGCAGCGCGGCCUGCCGAAGGACCUCAGCUACACGAACGCAUGGGACGAAAUCGGCUCGCUCGGCCGGCCCAGCGGCGCGGCCUACCGCCGCACGCGCGAAGCGCACAACUCUCGUGGCGUGCAGGCUACGCCGUCGCUGAGCGCACAAGGCACGCAAUCGGGCGGCCCGUACCGCAACUGGGGCGGCGGUGCUGGUGCGGGCGCAGGAGGCAUGUCCGGCAUCCAAGGCUCGCAGGACUGGAACUCGAACAACGCCGCACCCGAGCCGAUCUCUGCGGAUCAGAGCGGCGAUGGUGACGACGAGAGCAGCUCGGGCGAGGACAGCGGCAGCGACGAGGUGGCCAACGACGUGCUUCGCGCUGCCUCGCCGCCGCAGCGGGACGGCUCGCGUUCGAGCGGCGGCAACGGCGCGCGCUCGCAUCGCUCGUCGACUGGCCCUGGCCGUGGCUACCAGCGCAAGGUCGAAUCCUCGGCGCUCGCCCAGCAGAACGCCUCGCCGCGGUCGCCGCGCGGCCACACCAUCUCCCUCGGCAGCGGCUCGGCGCCGCUUGGCACGCUGAGCGCCGCUGCUGGCGCCGCCGGCAUCGUGGAGAUGGGCCGCUCGCGCUCGUCUUCCGCCGAGGACUCGGCCAGCACGACUGGCCCAGCCAGCGAUGUGCUCUCGUCGCAAGGCGGCCGCACUGUGCCUACCGGGCGCGAGCGCAUUCGUCCCGACCCGCUGGGCUCCUCAUAUGACCGCUCGACGCCGCUUGCGCCCGAAGGCCUGCGCGAGUACGGCUUUGGCAACUCGUCGGGCUACGCCUCUGCGCGUUCGCGCGGCGGCUCCAACUCGGGCGCCAUCUCGCCGCCCGCAUACCCCUUCACCUCGCGCCGGGCGCACCGUGGCGGCCACGGCAGCCGCGAAGGCAGCGAGGGCAGCGCCUUCUCGAACCCCAACAGCGGCGCUACAUCGCCGACCUGGCCCGAAGGCGGCGCGUCGCCCGUCCUCUCGCGCGCCGACUUUGCGCAGCUGCAGCGGGCGCACUGGAAUGCCAGCGUCGGACGGCGUCGUGGCGCCUAA